UGUUAACCAAAGGCUAUUAUAAAAGUAAAAAGCAGACCUUUGUGUGCAGACCUACCAAAGCUGUUUAAUCCCUAUAGAAGAUUGUGCCAUAAUAGAUCGUCUGGACAAGGUGACUUCUCAGGAUGCCACUGCACUAUCGAGCCAGCCACAUGUUUCUGUUCUUAUGUGCUCUUUCCUUGUGUGUGGAGUUUGUAAGAGGCGGCACCAGCUUCCUCAGCCCUGCUCAAAAACCACAGGUUCGAAGGCCACCACGGGUGGGCAGAAGGGAUGCCGCUGAGCCUGAGAUCCCAGUGCUUAAGGAAGGUGACCAGUUCAUGGUGAGUGUUCCGUUUAUGCUGGCUGUGGCUCUGAGUGAAGCAGAGUAUGAAACAUAUGGUCCUGUGUUGCAGAAGGUUCUGGUGAAUGUUCUCAGUCAUUCUUCUGUUGAAUGACUAGAGCUACCGGUCCUGCACGAGUCAGAUCCUUAUAAAACAAUGACAAGACUCAUAAUUUACAAAUUGUGAUAUGUAAUUAUUUACCAGCACAGUGAUUUAAUAAAGAAAUAAAGGAUUCAUAAGUUCUUCAUUAAUGAAUAA